CAAGACCUUAGGAAAAUAUCAAAAACUGUUUGUUUGAUUGAUUAUCGCUGUUGUUGUAGUCUCUAAUAAAUGUACAAUAAUUAUUUUUGAAAAUCUAGUUAUUAUGGCUCACAUUUUAGAUUUUAAGAAAAUAUGCCGAGCUUGUCUAUCUGAUGCCGGCCCACUUAGAGAGCUUUUUUCAGCUUGUACCGCUGGAGUAUUUAAGUAUUGCACUUCUGUUGAGGUUUCAGACACAGAUGCACUUCCAAAACUUAUCUGCCAAACAUGUCUAGAUUUACUAAAUAAGUUAUAUUAUUUCAAACAAGUAGUUGUAAGAUCAAAUGUCAUAUUGAAACAGCAAUGUCGAUUACAGAAUCUACAAACAAAGAAUGAUCAACAGUCUAGUGAAGGGAAUGAUAUUGUCGAGGUAAAUAUAACAGAACUCAAUGAGGAAGUCAAAAUGCAUGACAAUAAUAUGUCAGGAGAUAGCAGCGAAAACUUGGACAGAACAGAAAAGCCUUCAGCAGAUGCAAUUCUUAUUAGCCAAAUCCUGUCGAGGCGAAGAAGACGGGGUCCCGGACGACCCCCGAAAGAUCCAGAUGGCCCUAAAAGAAGACGAGAACGCAUGAAGUGCAUGAAAUGCGGAAAAAGUUUCCAGAAAUACGAAAACUUCGAGGCGCAUAUGCGCGGCCACUUUGGGAAGAAGCCUGACAUUAAAUGCAAGCACUGCGAGAAGACGUUCCUGUCCCUGCGCAGCCUCAGCAGCCAUGUGCGAAUUCACACCGCGGUACGCAAAUAUCAAUGCCUGACGUGUGGGAAAAGCUUCGCAUACUUGAAUGUGCUCAAAAACCACGAGCUGAUACACGCCGGCAUCAAGAAACACCAGUGCCACCUUUGUGAUGCUAAGUUCGUCCAGGCUUACAAUCUCAAGAUGCACUUGGAAACCCACAACAAUCAGAAAAACUACAGCUGCUCUCAAUGUGGAAAGAAAUUUGCACAACCCGGGAACCUGAAGAUACAUUUAAUCCGUCACACAGGCAUAAAAAACUAUGCAUGCACAAUGUGUGAAAUGCGCUUCUAUAUAAAGGCCGAUCUUGUGAAACAUAUGAGAUCACAUUCUGCUGAGAAACCCUUUUCGUGUCAACUUUGUGAUAAAACUUUCAAAAGCAGGAGUUUUCAAGCAAUACACAUGAGGACCCAUACUGGUGAACGUCCAUAUGCCUGCGAUCUUUGCCCUAAGAAGUUCAUGGCUAGGAAGGAUCUCCGCAAUCAUCGAAUGAUCCACACCGGAGAAAAACCUCACAAGUGUCAACUCUGCAACCAGGCCUUUAUCCAAAAAUGUGCUCUGAACAGACACAUGAAAGGUCAUGGAAAAGCCAAUGAAGAUGCACAAAAUCUCAUCCGGGCUCCACUUCCACCGGUCAACAACACUCCCCCACUGCCGGUAGCAUAUGCUCAGUGGCAUACCAACUGAUUAUUGUGUUAUAGUGGAGAUGGGACUCAGUUUUAUGGAUAGUGAAAACAAAAUGUAAAGGUAUCAACUGAAUUAUCCUGGUUCUAGUUAAGUACUAGAUGAUGAAUUGUUUUCCUUUGUUGCCUUUGUUAUCGGCUGCAAUAAUUUUGCAGGUAUAUUGUCAAAAAUACACAAUU